AUGGCGGCUCCGGCGAGGCUACUGCGACGGUGCCUGAGUCCCACGAUCGUCCUCCGGAAGUCGAUUACCGACGGCCAUGGCCGAUUUCCAAUGGCCACUGUCGCCGGGGAGGAAGUGGAGCCCCAGUUCGCUGCCCCUGGCCUCGCCGGGGAUGAUGGCGGGGGGAAGGAUGAGAGCGAUGGUGGUAAGGUCCGCGUGAAGGAUGAGGACGAGAAGAUAUACUUGAAGCGGCCGGGCGGCAACAGCAGCCGCGCGACGCGGGACAAGACCUCCGUGACGAUGCCCAUGUCGUUCAUGACGGGGUCGAUCGUCGGGAAGCGGUUCUACGAGGAGGUGACCACCCGGAUGGCCGACGACGGCAAUGGGUGGACAGUGAUGCUCGACUAUCGCACCCUUAAGUCGCCAUCCAGGAGACCGCUCAAGAUCCCAAGCCUCGCCCUCGCCAAGGCGAUCGCCGCCGAGUGGGAGUAUCAGGUGAGCCUUUCACGUCCCCCUCUCUCUAUCUUUUCCUCAUUGCGGUCUUCUUUUGCUGUCUUCUCUGUUGUGUAAUUUUAGCGGUCAUGAAAUUCAACUGGUCAAGAUCCUUCGGUGGGGCUCAGGCCGUGUUAAAGAUCGUUAGUAACGAGGCUUGUCUCUUCUCUGGGUAGCAAGCAGAUGGAAUCAGACCCUUCACGAUGCCUCUGAUGAAGCUUGUUUGCACAGCCCUGGAGAGAGUUCCGCUCACCCGUGCGAAGAUUAUCGAGCAUUUGAUGAAGAAAUUCCACCAGGACCUUGUAUUUUGCCGAUCACCAGGGGACAGCGAUUUAACCCGUGGAGUUCUUGGUAUGCCAUCCAACUGAUCUGGUUUCUUCCGUGUUUGGGCUUUGACUCGCGUUAGUGUCUCACCUUGAAGAAUUGGGAAUUUGAAGCAUCUCCUUCAUCUGCCCUGAAACAGAAGCCCUGUCCACUCUGUUCCAUAGACUGUGAAUUGGGAGUCCAGAAUCAUGUUUGAAACGCUUAACUGACGCAUUUGAGGUACAAAUGAAUUAUUCCAUUCUUCAUAUUAGAAUGCUUUUGGGUUAUUCCUAAGAAAGUUUUAAUAUCCUUUCCUGGAUGAUGACGAUGUAGCCUUAAGAUUCCACUCUUAAGUAUAGAACAAAAUCCGAAAUGAAGGCAAUGGCUACAAUCAGAGAUUCUGUCUACUGUUAAAAAUCAGAUAAUAUAGAUGGAAAUGAAAAUAUAUCAUUAGAUUUAACGGAAAAUGGAAAAGCAAUUAUUUAAUGGUUAUUUCAGAAAAUUUUCAAGGUCAGCAGCAAUAAAUGAUAAGUCUGGAAAGCUCUUUCAGUUAGUUUAGGGACACAAACUAGCCCAGGUAGAAUCCCUGCUGAAACUCAUAGCCAUCAUUUUUCAAAUAAUUGACAGAUAGAAUGGAAAGGAGAAAACGGGGUUGGACUAUGGUAAGAGAUGAAUAUAUUAAAUUUAGGUAUCGUAAACGAAAAAUCAGACGUAACAUGAAGUGAUCUCUUCUUGGAAUCAGAUUUAUGGUCUGAACCUGAAGUAGGUGUGAGAUCAUAGAUUACCGAUGCUGAACACAUAUAGAGGUAGAUUUAAAUCUGAAACAUUUGUGGAUAACUUUUCUUCUUCAAUAAUCCUCUUCUGUGAGGAUAACCUUUCUUUGUAUAGACAUUCUCUGUUGUACAUAGGAUCUAAACUAGAAUUUGUUCUUGAUGAAGAAUCAUUUUAGAGAGGUUGGCACCACCCUGUUGGCUUAACAAUAAAGAUGGAGGGAGAUGAUCUGAUUUUUUAUAUGUAUUCUCAGGGGACUGGUUGAAAACUUGGCUAAUUAAAUUCUUAGGUCCAUAUAAUUGCGCAAACUUAUUCUUACUUGCGAUUCCUGAAAGUCAAUUUGAUCCCAAUGCUAGUCCUGCGGAGUUCUAUGGUCGGGCUAUCAUUUUAGGUCAAGCAUGAGUAAUGACGGGUUUUAGCAACUCUGAAGUGCGGGUUGUCAUGUUGGAGGUUCAGUUUGGCCAGCCAUAAGUAAAUAAUGAGGGAUGCUGGUUUUCUUGAAGUAUAACGUUGAAAAGCUUUCUUUGAACAUAUCCAAUCCACUCUCUGACAGGCUUUUUGAAACUAGAUUUUUGAAACCAAAGGCAUUCCCUUUCUCUGAUGGACUGCCACAUAGGCAAGCAUGAAGAUGCCUUGGGUGGGUCUUCGUAAUCUGAAGGCUGAUGGGCUGCAGUGCCCAAUUUUAUCCUCCACCACGUGGAGUGUCUUCAAUUCUAGUAUUAUGAUAGUGUUGUAGGCUUGAUUUGAACGGCUCAAUAGAUCAAGUUUUUCCCUGGAGGCGAGAACAAAAAGUGUGAUAGUGAAUUUCUAAAUGGAGACCAAUACUUUAAGGAAUUCCAUUCUUUCAUAAGAUCAUUCCUCAGAAUUUCUGAGCCGCAUAGAUAGAAAGCCAUUGGGAAGCAACUCGACCCUUAGCAUUUGUGGACGCCAAUCUUUGAAGAUGUCUUCUGUUAUUAAUUUUUUGUGCUCAAUCAGCUUUACUUUAUUCAAAUUCCUCCACUGAAUAUGGUGCUUUCACUACGGGCUGGGCUGGUCAUCUGUUCUAAUGUUUCUUGACUUUGGCCUCGAAAUUUAGCUCACAAUAGAUUCAGGAUUUCUUUCAUCAACCGCUCAGUUGUUUGCAACUUUCUGGUGGGCCCAAACCAGCAGCAAACACUUGACCGAGGCUCUGCAGAGUUGCACUGGGAUAGGCCAAACAUACUGCUGGGCUGGAGUUAUGCACAUAGUGCAAUCCCUUUCCAGCAAUAAAUCCUGUAUCAACACUCUGCAGCCACUUACUCAACAAACUGGCAACCCUUCCCCACAAUCUUGGGCCCGGGCUUCCUGGACCUCAACAAACUGCCACUCCCAGUGCGGGUAGUUGAGAAUGUUGACAGAUCUUCUAGAUUUGAGAACCGUUGCCUCGUGAUGAAACUUGUUUUAGCUUGACCCGAAACCCCCCAUUUAUUUAUUAAGAAGUAAGGGACAUUUUUGUAUCUGAUUCAAGAAUACACAUAUUAGACGAUCAAUGAACUGCGAUUUAAUGAAGAGAAGUAUUUAGAACCACAUCCAGUAGUUUCUGAUGAGGAGAGCAUAAAUCUCUUCGUCAUAGAUUGAGGAAUCAUGUUACUUUGUAGAAUCCCAUAGGAGAGGGUUUUGUGAGAAUCCAAUGUGGAGGUUUGGGCUUGAAUGUUUUCCCAUCUGAGUGAGAGUUUCUACAAUAUCCUCAGGUUUUGAUUAAUUUAAUGAGCCCUCCCUUCCUUCCUCACCUGUACCUUUAACUGUGUGCAGAAAAGCAAAUUGAGAACCUUGACCCUCUUCUAGAAUGGUUGGAGUCAGAGUUUGGGUUCAAGCCAGUGGUGCAUUCUUGUUUCUUUGGAGGAAAGCAGGGAGAUGGUCUUGUUGGGGCCAUUGAAAACAUGCUGAAGACUACAACAGACUGCGAGCUGGCGGUCAUUGAUGCUCUGGCGGCUGCUGCACACUCUCUGGUCAUCCCCCUUGGGAUUGUUCGUGGGAGAUUGGACAUUCAGGAGGCCAUAAAACUGAUUAGGCUCGAGGAAGAUUUACAGGUUCUUAUCAGGCGUCUCAUGAACUUACAAUGUUUAGCUAGCUUGGACACUAGUUUCUGGUUGGCAUUCCUGACCUUUCUUCGGGAUUUCCAUGACAGGUUGACAGAUGGGGCCUGGUCGAAGGCGGCCAUGACGUUGAUAUUGCUGAUCUUCAAGUUCAGAUAUCUUCUGCAGCUGUAUUUCUUGGGCUCUCACAGAGACAAUGA